CUUCAACUGCCAAGGCGCUGUCUUUUUCAACGGCCUCCGAGCACAUGUCCGAAUGUCCGGCGUGACGUCAGACCGCCAAGCGGCUGACCAACACCAGGCCUUCAGGCAACAAAAUAUAGCAGCAACGCCAACGACAACGACAACGACAACGACAACAACAACUUUUCCUGCGACGUCGGCCCGAACGCUCGACCGCCUCCUCGCUCCUCUCCUUCGCCCGCGCAAGCCAUCGUCUGUGGUGUAUCCGAAUCGUCAUCGCUCGCUCCUCCGCUCCAUCGCUCGCUCCACCGCUCACGUCUACCCACGCACCAAGUCGACCGUCUCGAGAAGCUGCAUCUUCCAGUCAUCGUACCGCCGGUGACUGCAGUCUUCGAGGAACUUUUCCUGAUACGCCGCGAGCCUUGCGUUACUCUUGAUAUCCUCCGUAAGCUGCAGAAGCUCGUUUCUCUGG